UUGUGCGUGGGUGCGUGCGUGCGUGUCUCACUGUGGCAUCCCCACCAUACUGCUGCUGUGCUGUAUUCUCCUCCGCGAGAGCGCGCGUAUCCGGUGCACGGGAUAUCCGACCUCACCGGUUAUCCGACCGAUCAAAUCUGCCAUCAUACACAUAUUUUAACGUCACGCUUGUGAUAUCACCCUUAAAGGCGGGGUACUGACCGGCAUCAUCAAAAGUACCGAGUGGCGUUUUGGGCCAUACAUCUCAUUCUUAUUGCAUCUGAACGCUUCUUUAUACCUGACUGAAGUAUGCCAGAGAAAAGAGACAGCGGAACGGUAAAUGCAUCACGGGAUUAUUGAUAUCACAUCGAAUGAGAAUCAACGUAAUUUGGUCUGUGGCAUAAACCUUCAUCCUUAGGAGUGGGUGUACAGGGCUUCUUGAGGAAGCAGACGCAAUGGCCAAUGCCUCAACAGAUCUGGACAAUGCUGAGGCCCAGAGACAACUUAACAACAACAACAGGCCUGCAAGCACAGGAUUCUGGGAAACAGAGACCACCAGUGCCAAACUAUUCGAGUGCUCCCGCAUCAAAGCACUAGCGGAUGAGAGGGACGCAGUACAGAAGAAGACGUUCACUAAAUGGGUGAACUCGCAUUUGUCACGUGUGUCCUGUCGUAUCUCUGACCUUUACAAUGACCUGAGGGAUGGUUACAUGCUUAUCAGACUUCUGGAGGUGCUGUCAGGAGAACUGCUGCCCCGGCCGACGAGAGGCAGGAUGAGGAUUCACUGCUUGGAGAAUGUAGAUAAGGCUCUUCAGUUCCUCAAAGAACAAAGGGUUCAUCUAGAAAAUGUCGGUUCUCAUGAUAUAGUCGAUGGAAACCACCGGCUCACUCUCGGCCUCAUCUGGACCAUCAUCCUUCGCUUCCAGAUCCAAGUGAUAAGGAUCGAGACAGAAGACAACAGAGAAACACGUUCAGCUAAAGAUGCUUUACUGUUAUGGUGUCAGAUGAAAACAGCAGGGUACCCUGAGGUCAACAUUCACAACUUCACCACCUGCUGGAGGGACGGCCUGGCAUUCAACGCUCUCAUUCACAGGCAUAGGCCCGAUUUAAUUGAAUUCCACAAGUUAACCAGAUCCAAUGCGACACACAACCUACAACAAGCCUUCAACAUAGCAGAGCAGAGUCUUGGACUCACCAAACUAUUAGACCCUGAGGAUGUAAACACAGAAAAUCCAGAUGAGAAGUCCAUCAUCACCUAUGUAGUAUCCUACUACCAUUACUUCUCCAAAAUGAAGGCACUUAUCGUAGAAGGGAAGAGGAUUGGUAAGGUGUUGGAUAACGCUAUAGAAGCUGAGAAGAUCAUUCGGCGGUACGAGGCUUUAGCCUCUGACCUGUUGGAGUGGAUUGAGAAAACCAUUGGCAUCAUAAGCAAUCAGAAGUUCGCUAACUCGCUGUCUGGUGUUCAGCAACAACUUCAAGCCUUCACCACAUACUGCACCAUCGAAAAGCCAAUCAAGUUUCAGGAGAAGGGAAACCUGGAGGUGCUGCUUUUCACCAUCCAAAGCAAGCUCAGAGCUAAUAAUCAGAAGCCAUAUGUGCCUCAUGACGGAAAACUGAUCUCAGACAUCAAUAAGGCAUGGGAGAGAUUAGAGAAGGCGGAGCAUGAAAGGGGUGUGGCUCUUAGAAAAGAGCUGAUUCGUCAGGAAAAGCUGGAACUUCUCGCUCAACGAUUCGAUCAUAAGACCACUAUGAGGCAGGCUUGGCUAAAUGAAAACCAACGCCUGGUCUCACAGGACAAUUUCGGCUACGACCUGCCAGCAGUAGAAGCGGCCAUGAAGAAACACGAGGCGAUCGAAGCGGACAUCUUGUCGUAUGAGGAACGCAUCAGUGUGGUGUUGGAGCUGGCUUCUGAGAUGGAGUCCGAAAGUUACUACGACAUCCGACGUAUCUCGGCACGUAAAGAAAACAUACUCGGUCAGUGGAAUCUUCUAAAGGAGCUGGUGGUGGGACGGAAAGCCCGUCUGGAGAAGAACCUGGCCCUGCAGAAGACCUUCCAAGAAAUGGUCUACAUGAUCGAUUGGAUGGAGGAAAUGCAGGUUAAGCUGCUGUCUAAGGACUAUGGAAAACACCUUCUCGAGGUCGAGGAUAUGCUACAGAAACAAAGUUUACAGGAGGCCGACAUCGCCAUACAGGCUGAGAGAGUUCAAACGCUCAACACUUCAGCUCUUAAAUUCACCACCAUUGAAGGCUACCAGCCGUGUGACCCUCAGGUAAUAUGUAACAGGGUCAGCCAUGUGAACACCUGCCUGGAAGAGUUAAAGCAGCUGGCCGCUAAGCGUCGCUCAGAGCUUGAAGAUUCGCUCGAGUUGUGGGCCUUCUUCCAGGAGGUGGAGGAAUCAGAGGCCUGGAUCCGUGAAAAGACUUCCAUUUUGGCCACGCAGAGCUGCGGAAAAGACCUGAGCAGCGUCCUGCGACUUCUGCAGAAACACAAAACUCUGGCCGGGGAACUGCUGGCCCGUCGCGCCCUCCUUCAGCAGACCAUGAAGAAGGGCAAGCAGAUCCUCACCCAGAAGAGCUUCGGCACGGCGGGAAUACAAGAGAGGCUGAUGGAAACCAAGGUGGAGUGGAAGAGAUUAGAAGAGCAUGCGGCACAGAGGCUGUGUAACCUGCAGGAGGCGUUAGACUUCUUUCAGUUCAGCACCGAGACGGAUGAUCUGCUAGCUUGGCUCCAAGACAUCUACAGACUCGUUUCCAGUGAGGACUUCGGGCACGAUGAGUACUCGACACAGUCUCUCCUUAAAAAGCACAGGGGCGUGCGAGACAGUAUUGACAAACACCGCGUGCACGUUGUGGGCCUUCGAAAACACAUGGUGGCGCUGCCGUUGCAUUACCGGGAGCUGGACGAGGUGCGAACGCGCAUGUCGGAGACGGAGCAGCUCUACGCAGAGGUGGCGGAGGUCGCCGUGUUGAGGCAGCAGUGGUUGCACGAUGCAUUGGCUGUGUAUCGUAUGUUCAGCGAGGUGAACGCCUGUGAGGUGUGGAUUGAUGAGAAGGAGCAGUGGCUGAACAAAAUGGAUGUUCCAGAGAGACUAGAGGACGUGGAGGUGGUGGCACACAGGUUUGAAAGCUUGGACCAGGAGAUGAACAGUCUGAUGGGAAGGAUACUUGAUGUGAAUCAGAUUGUCCAGCAGCUGUUAGACAGUGGUCACCCCAGCUCUACUGAAGUCAGGGGUUGCCAAGACCACCUUAACAGCAGGUGGAACCGAAUCGUUGAGCUGGUUGAGCAGAGGAAAGAUCACCUGGACUCAAUCUUGCGUAUCCAGAACUACCUCCUGGAAUGCACGGAGAUCAAGUCCCAGAUUCAGGAAAAACGGAAAGCCAUAGAUGCCACACAAUACUUGGGCAGUGACCUGGGCAGCGUGCUGGCCCUGCAGCGUCGUCUCUCCACCAUGGAGGGUGCUCUCUCCGUUCUUGAGCCUAAACUCAUUCACCUUCAGGAGGAGGCAGAGGAUCUCGCGACGUCCCAUCCGGGAAAGGCGGUGGACAUCCUGGUGCCUUUUGAGGGCAUCAGCGUAGAGUGGGAAGAACUAAAGCGUACCUUGCAAGGAUGUGAAGACUCCUUAACCGUCGCUGGACACCUGCAGCAGUUCAUCCAAGACUUGGACUCGUUUCUUACCUGGUUGGUGCAAACUCAGACCGCUGCUGCUUCAGAUGAGCUUCCCAAUGCUUUGGAGGAUGCAGAGCGGUUGAUAAACCAACAUGCAGCACUUAAGGAGGAGAUAGGGAGAUAUGAAGAAGACUAUGAACGUCUUCAGUCUGUGAAUGAGCUCCUGGAGUCCGAGGAAGCGCCGUUACCUCAUGGAGCUCUGCAGCAGUGGCUACACAAACUGGAUGUGGGUUGGAACAAGCUGCUGGAGAUGUGGGAGAGCAGGAGGGAGGUGCUGGUUCAAGCUCAUAUCUUUCAUCUCUUCCUGAGGGACGUCAAGCAGGCAGAGUCCUUCCUCAAUAACCAGGAGUCGGCAUUGGCUCAUGUGGAGCUCCCCACCACAGUGGAGACAGUAGAGGCAGCCAUAAAGAAACACAAGGACUUCACCACCACCAUGGAGCUCAACCUGCACCGCAUUAAAGCUGUCAUAGAGGCUGGAGAGAGUCUCAUCAGUCAAAACAACAUCUAUUCAGAGCGGAUCCGAGAGAGAGUGGACCUGCUUGCUAACAGAGGAAACCAGAACCGUAACCUUGCUCAGCAGUGGCUUAAUAAACUAAAUAUCCAGUGGGAGCUUCAGAGAUUUCUGCAAGACUGCCAUGAGAUUGGUGACUGGGUGGCAGAAAAGAUGCUAAUGGCCCGCGACACCUCUCGUGACGAGACGCAGAAACUUCAUAAGAAGUGGCUGAAACAUCAAGCCUUCAUGGCAGAACUCGCUCAGAAUAAAGAAUGGCUGGACAAGAUCGAAAACGAGGGCCAGCGGUUAAUGCAAGAGAAACCAGAGCUGAGCACUCUGGUCAAGAAGAAACUGGAAGAGAUCCGUGAGUGCUGGCAGGACCUCGAGAGCACCACCCAAGCCAAAGCCCGACAGCUGUUUGAGGCCAACCGGGCCGAUCUGCUCAUCCAGAGUUACUCCAGCCUGGACCAACGGCUUGAGAAUCUCGAGGGACAGCUGGCACACGUGGACUACGGCCAGGAUCUGACCACUGUUAACAAGCAGCUAAAGAAACUACAGUCGAUGGAGUGUCAGGUGGAAAUGUGGUAUAAAGAGGUAGGGGAACUGCAGGCCCAUGCAGCCUCCAUCCCUCAUCAGGGUGAGAUCAUAGAAAAGGUGUCUGAGAAACAGAACGGUGUGGAAACACGAAUCGUGCGACUGAUAGAGCCUUUGAAAGAGAGACGUCGUAUCCUACUUGCUUCUAAAGAAGUGCACCAAGUAGGCCGUGACCUUGAGGAUGAAAUCUUGUGGAUUCAGGAGCGUCUUCCAAUGGCCACCUCUCAGGAACAUGGAACGAGUUUACAAGCUGUACAGCAACUCAUGAAAAAAAAUCAAAGUCUGCAGAGAGAGCUUCAUGGUCAUCGUGCACGGGUGGAGGAUGUCCUCGAGCGAGCUGGGGUGAUCGCGUCUAUCCGCAGUCCAGAGGCAGACAGCAUCAGAGCGGGUAUGGAGCAACUUCACCACCUGUGGGAAGGUCUCUGGGCGGAGACGGAGCGCCGGCAGCUCACGCUGGAUGCCAUGUACCAGGCACAGCAGUACUACUUUGACGUGGGAGAGGUGGAGGCUUGGCUCAGUGAGCAGGAGCUGCACUUGAUGAACGAGGAGACGGGAAAGGAUGAAGCCAGUACUUUGCAAUUGUUGAAAAAACAGCUGGCAUUGGAACAAACUAUAGAGGACUAUGCUGAGACCAUUGGACUGCUCUCUCAGCAGUGUAGACAGCUGCUGGAACUGGGACAUCCAGACUGUGAACAGAUCAGCAAGCGUCAGUCUCAGAUCGACAGACUGUAUGUGUCUCUGAAAGAUCUUGUGGAGGAGAGGAAGUCUCGUCUGGAGCAGCAGUACUGGCUUUAUCAGCUCAACAGGGAAGUGGAUGAACUUGAGCAGUGGAUAGCAGAGAGGGAAGUCAUCGCCAGCUCCACUGAACUCGGGCAGGACUUUGAACAUGUUACUAUUCUGCAAGAGAAAUUUACCGAGUUUAUGGCAGAGACGGGAAGCCUGGGGCAGGAGAGAGUCACAGCUGUUAACCAUAUGGUCGAUGAGCUCAUAGAUUACGGCCAUGCGGAUGCCGCCACCAUCGCCGAAUGGAAGGAUGGAGUGAACGAGGCCUGGGCAGAUCUGCUAGAGCUGAUGGAGACACGUGGACAGAUGCUUGCAGCCUCACACCAGUUACACAAGUUCUUCUCAGACUGCCGAGAGGUGUUAACACAGAUUGAUGAAAAGCAACGGAGAUUACCAGAGGUUCGAGCUUGUCAGGGUGGCACAUCAAAUACCAGCACUCUUCAGAGACUUAUGCAGACUUUUGAACAUGAUAUUCAGCUACUUGUUGCACAGGUCAGACGGUUACAGGAGAGCGCAGUACAGCUCAGAACAGUGUAUGCUGGGGAAAAAGCAGAAGCCAUUGCCAUGCAGGAACAGGAAGUGAUGCAGACGUGGAAAGAGCUGCUCAAAUCUUGUGAGGACUGCCGGAUGCAGAUUACGACAGCAACAGACAAGCUACGUUUCUUUGGGAUGGUACGUGAUCAGCUGAUGUGGAUGGACAGCAUCAUCUGUCAGAUAGGAGCUGGAGAGAAACCAAGGGAUGUGUCGUCUGUGGAGGUUAUGAUGAACUAUCACCAGAGCCUUAAGAGCGAGGUGGAGGCGCGCAACAAGAGUGUCCUACAGUGUAUCGAGAUGGGCAAGACCUUACUGGCCGCUCGUAACCCUGCAUCAGAAGAGAUCAAAGAAAAGCUGGAGAAGGUUUUAGCCAAGCAGAGAGAGCUCACUGAGAAAUGGGACAAACAUUGGGAGGAGUUACAGCACAUGUUGGAGGUGCAUCAGUUUGCUCAGGAGGCAGUGGUAGCAGAGGCCUGGCUCCAAGCUCAGGAACCCUUUAUCAAUAGUAAUGAACUGGGCGGCAGUGUGGAUGAGGUGGAGCAGCUGAUUCGCAGACACGAAGCCUUUCGCAAAGCUGCUGCCACAUGGGAGGAACGCUUCAGCUCCUUACGACGACUCACCACGGUAGAGAAGAUAAAGGCGGAGCAAAACAAGCUUCCUCCAACUCCUUUACUAGGACGCAAAGUUUUUUUGGAUCCUCAGGACUCCUCUCCUGGCCGCAGCAGCCCUUCCUCUCUAAUAAGACAAACCAUCUACGAGCAGGGUGAGCCCCGGGUGGAGCGUAUCACCCCUCAACCCUCUCCAUCUUCUGUGGUCCGCAGGCUGGGUUCCACUGUGGCCAACUACACACCCAUCAUGAAUGGAGCUUCUGCUUAUCGCAUUCACGAAGCCAGGAAUGUUAGUAUUAUUGGUGUGGGUCCAGGACUGGGAACUGCCGUGGAUCAUAACGUCACUCAGUUGCGGGACGAAUUCAAGGCCCAAGCCCCGCUGAUAAAGAUGGAACAUGUUCACGAGGUGGUGCACCCCCUGCUGGACAGAGAGCGGGAACGGCAUCCCGAGAACGUGAUGGUUGAGGUGGUGCUCCAAGAGCCAGGCGGAGGAAGGGUCCGCCUUAACAGCGGGCCAGGAGGGAGCGGGAGCAGUCGUUCAGAGCUGCUGGUGGAGCAACAUCCACCUCCAAGGGAGUCACGGUUGGAGAGGCAGCUGUCUAGUGAGCAGUUGAUUCAGGCACGCAGAGACGAGCUACCUCAGGAGGUGUGGAGGGAACGAGCUGAGAGAGCAGAGAGAAGGCUGGAGAGACAAACGUCCAGUGAACAGGAGGGAUUUGAGGUACGGCGGCGAGACAGACAUCGACUAGAGAGACAGGGGAGCAGUGAGCAGGAGGGCAAGGAGCAGUCGGACCGACGAUCUGGUGGUGGUGAUAAAAAGUCCACGCUAGCUGAGAUUGUGGAGCAGCUUCAAGAAAGAGAAGCAGCACAGGCCCGAGGAGAGAUUCCACGUCUACCCAAUGGUUUUCCUGAGAAGUCGUCUCGACCAGACCGGCCACGGGCUCGCGACAGACCAAAACCGAGAAGAAGACCACGACCCAAGGACGCAUCGGCUGGUGAAACACGUCGCUCAAGGUCUGCCCCGGCUCAGAGCAGCCCAGCGGUACCCCUGCCUCUAACCCACACGGCCCAACACGAAGGCUUUCUCUUCCGCAAAGUAGACAUUGAUGGCCAGAAGAAAAGUUCGAACAGCAGAUCCUGGGUGAACCUGUACUGUGUGUUAAAUAAAGGUGAACUGGGCUUUUAUAAGGAUGCAAAGAACACCACCACACCUUAUAACAACGAGCCACUUAUCAACUUGAGCCGUUGUGCCUGUGAUAUCAACAUUGGUUAUAAGAAGAAGAAAAAUGUCUUUACACUCAAAACUAAAGAUGGCAGUGAACUCCUUUUCCAUGCUAAAGAUGAGGAUGAUAUGAAGAGCUGGAUCACAGGUAUAACGGCUAGUAUAAACGAGUAUGAAGACGUUACCAAACAGGGACAGACCAAUCCAACUACCUCAUCCACCGACGAGGGAACGCGCAGAGAAGGCAGCAGGGCAGGCAGCAGGGCAGGGGGAUCGGAGAGAGGUGAAAGGUCUGACAAAGCCGAUGGAGGAUCUGUGCGUUCAGACAAAGGGGAAAAGCCUGAAAAAAAGACAGGCAAGAAGAAAUAAGGCACUCCACAGCACCCAGUCAGUCUCUGUGAGACAGAGACCAGAACUUGACAAAAGCAGAAAAGUGCUCUGACAGAACCGAGAAUCAAAGGCGUCACUGUGAACUCCCUUCAUGUCUUGCUGUCCAGCUGCGUAUGGAAUCAGUCGGCACUGAGGUGCACCGAACUCUGCCACGUGUCAGAGAGCGCCCUCUAGUGUCUACUGAUGACCAUGUCCUAUUCAGGAGCUCCAUAGGGCCAAAGGAGCUGAUAGCAUAGGCAAAUGGAGUAUAAAAGAGAAAGAUGUUGUGGUCAAGUAGCUCAUGAAGAUUAUUUUCUAAUCUGUUUGUGAAAAAGAUGAUCCAUAUGUACAUGUACCCGUCACUAUUUGUAUAUUAUACGUCUUAACGCCAGUUCUAUACAAUCUCACGCUAAAGAGAAUGAAAAUAUGCCAAAAUCUUUCUCAAGGUUGAUCUUUUUCUGAAGAGCAUGUCUCUUUGUUUUGUAAGUUGUUUUGCUCUUUUAUACUAUUAAUGUAUUGAUUUGUAUUUAUUGGCUCUUCCACACAGUUUUUGAGUAUAGUCUCGCCACUUUGUAGACGACAGCUUCAUCAAACGCCAUAUCCGAGCAUGCCUAUACAAUUUAACGUUAAAAUAGAGGUCUGGUAAAAAGAGAAACAGCUUGUGAGCGUGUAUUCUCAAAUCUUAUUUUGAAGAAGAUAUCAAUCAUCAGUAUCAUAUUAUGCAUUAAAUGUAAAAUGUUAUGUUUAUUUGCUGUUGCGAUCAGUAAACCAAAUCCAGCUUGGUUGUACGUGUGUUUGUGUUUCUGCACGUGUGUACGCUAUACCCACUGCAUCUGACAUCCUGCUAUUUUGAACACAAGAUUGUUUACAUCUUUAUUUGUAUUUAAAAGUCUUCCAAGCACAGAACUGAUUGUUUUGUAAAUCAAUAUGUUUUUUUUUAAUCGGCAUAUCCUGCUUCCCUUAACAUAAUUUUAAACAUUGCAUUCAAGGCUAAAAGGAUAUAGGCUUUGUAAUGUUACACUGAAUUUUAUGUAAAUGUUAUUCUAGUAAUAGUCUUCCCUGACUGGUUUAAUAUUUUAUUUUGUGCUCCACCACUGUAUGGUUGUCUUAAAAUGUUAGUUUUGCAGGUAAUAGUAUAGAAAGCCCGUAGCUAGCAAAAAAUGCAAGAUAUAGUCAAAUGUUAAAGUACAUGCUUUAAACAACUCUGCAAACAGUGGCACAAGUCAAAUUCAGUUGUUAUUCCUGUUGUUUUAAUAUUUCAUCGCAUUUGAAAUUAAUGCAUGACAUUGUGGCUUCAUGAUGACAUGCAAUUUGUUUUAGUGCACACAAUACAGGGUUGAAGCAGAACAGCGUGUUAAAGGGAAACAUAAUCAUUUCAGGUAUCAUGUUUGUGCCUCAAUGUCUACAUCUUAAAAGUCUGUCUGUUUUAGUCCUUAAUGCAUUGUGUGUUGAUGUAAAAAUGCUAAAUGAUGUUAAAAGCAAUGGUCCUCUUUCUGUAAACUGAUCUUUCUGUAAACCAAUCACUGAGAGGGAGAUAAUGUUCAUGUAUGAUUUUUUUUUUUAUCAGUAUUAAUAAGUUAGUCUUCUGUCUGUAAGUUUGUUUUUCUUCUUAUCAAAACAGCAUCGUGCAAAUGCUUUUGUAAUGUACCAUGUUCUGCCAAUAUUUUGAAAUAUACAAUGGUCAGCUUCAUUUCUCUA